UCACAAAUGAAGUCGAAGAUAGGUUCAUCAAUGCUCUCACAAGAGAGGUUCAACGCCAAGUUGAUCCAAAUUCGGAAGCUAAAAGAUAUAGCUAAUGUUAAUGAGAUGAAGGAGAAGAAGAAACAUUGUACAAAUACCACAAAAAGGAAAAAGAGAGACUCCUUAAGUUCGAUUCCUGGGAUUAACAACAACUUCUCAAUAAAGAACGAGCGUCUUACAGGUUACUUAGGUCUUGCACCUCCUGAGCAGAAGCUGUUCUCUAGGAACUUGAACUUAUGGCUACGCUUAAAGAAAAGGAAGAUUAAUAGGUCCUUUCAUCCAUCAAAGAACAAAGCGGCUGUUGCAAGCAAGAAGACUUAUUACACGAAGAACGCUAUAAAAUAUAUAAAUAACUCCAAGGAGAAAUAACCAUGUGCAUGAUUUUAUGAAGUCUCUUUCAGUCAGGAAAUCGUUGGGAGAGCCUUCUUCCCAGCAGCCGUUUAUGACAGAGGUCAAAGUACCACAAACAUCUCGCAGGAAUAGAGGGGAUGGCUAUUUUAAAGACGUUGUCUCAAAAAUUAACAACCGAGUUGAGAAACUGACUGAUCAUAAUUUUCAUAAAAUUAUUCUUGACUCUUACCAGAAAAAAUUGGAUGAAAAUCCCUUUAGACUGACAUUGAAGACUGAUGAAGAUAAUGAUUGCAAAUUAGAAAAGAUGCCUGCUUCUGUAAAGGAGUGAUACCAAAUCAUCCAGAAAUCAAAAUAAGAAUUUGCCAAAAUCCAGUUCUAAAACCCCAAAUCAGUCUAUAAGAUCCUCUAAAAGCCUACAAUGCAAGAAGGGUAAAUUUAGAAUGAAAGGGAAGAUUUACCCUCUAAGUCCAUCGAUAGAUAGAGUCCUGAGUGAAGUCAGAAAGGAGAAGUUCAAUAAGCAAAAGAUGCUUACCCAUAUUAACAAAAAGAUUAUGCACACAAAGUUCCCUUCAACAAAAUUUAUCAAGGAAGAUUUUGACGAAUUUGUGCCAGAUUGCUUUAAAGAUCGCAUUCUGAACCACGACACCAGCUAUGAAUCUGAAGAAGAGAACCCUAUGCACAGGCUUAAGAAGGAGGAAGCUAAUGAAUUCUAUAACAUUGUGAGGAACAUCUUCAGUUCUGCGAAUAUAAGCUUGAAAAAUGAACAACUUUAUUCUCCAUUUUUAGAAGCUCUGAUUAAGAAUUACUCAGUUAGGUUGAGCAAUAUCAAUAAUGAAAACUCCAAUUCUAAAAAGCUUGAGAAAAAGGAGACUUAUGCAGGAAGUAUGUCGCCCAUGAGCCCGGGGUUUAAGUACCAGACCAAGCAAGUGCACCUGCUUGAUAUGAAAUCUAGCAGGAGUAUUUCUGAGAUUAGAAGCGCUCAAGAGCAGCGAAGAGAUGAAUACCCUCUUAAAUUUCUUGGUCCUGAUAAAAAUGAGCUGGACAGUAAGAACAUCAGGAAGAUUUACAAGAAUGAGCUACGGAUGAGGAACCAUGAAAAGGAUUUCCAUCCACUUGAUAAGCUGUGCAUGGAAAUAAUGGGCCCACAAGGGUCAAAAGAAUGGCUGAGUAACGAUAUUGAUUUCAUCGAUGAUGUUUUGUCCAAAAAGACAUACCAAAGCAUGAAAAAGCGUAGAUUUAUGAAUAGUAGAGAGAAGCAAAGAGACCAAGACAGGGAAAAAUAUGAGCCAAAAGUCUGUGAAGACAUGCUUGAUUGAAUAAAGACUCUCAGUUAG